UUUUUGAAACAAUCGAGAAAGAGAACAUUAAACAGAACAUCUCCGGGAUUAAUUAAGAAAACAAAACUAUAUUAAACACAAGAGACGUAUCCUGGUCUAAAUUGACAAUUUUGCUCAUCUGACCUUUAAAAGAAAAUGGCUCUAUGGAACGUCAACGGAGAUCUGCAAUUAAUAGAAAACAGUCUGAACGAGCUGAGAAAAGAGAUAGAUGUUUUUGCAGCACGCAUCAGCCACCAGCAUGGAACACCAAUAGCGGAAGGUAGCGAUCAGAAACUUGAAGUAAAAAGAAAUGAGGAUAUCACCAAAGUUUUGACAGCGUUUCAGAUCAAAUUAAGAGAUUUGAACCACGUAAUUCAUGGUUGUAGAAAUUCCCAGAUUUACUUUUGCUUGCAUAAUAAUGAUAUUUAUCACCUGAUCAUACACAUUCCUGAUGAAGAAUGGAACCACUUCAUGAGAAAUCUCUUUCAACAUCUCAGCGAUGAACAGAUAGACUCUUUCAGUGAGAUGCGCAAAACAAACCCAAAAGAGGCAAAAUACAACAUGAUGAAGGAAUGGAUGAAAAAAAUCAAGAACCUAAAUAAAGAACAAACGAUCACUGAAAUCAAGCGGGUCCUUGACCUCCUCCAAAUAAGUUAUGUUUCAGAAUUAUUUGAUGAAUCAUGCAAGAAAAAUGCCAAAAUCUUGAACAAAUUGAAACACUUAACAACAUAGUGAUCAUGGAGAAAUUGGAAUGCCAGCUGCUAUAACAUAUGUUGAUCAACUCUGGUGAUAUAACUGGCUCGUAUCAGGAUGCAUACCAUUCCAUCUUACAGUGUCAGGACUCCAAUCGCAAGACUGACAAGAGAAAUCAAAUUCUAAGGGUCCACUAGUGUUCUACAGGAUUUGAAUCCAGAGUACCACUAUUGUUUGCAAGCAUUUUCACAAGGAACCACUUGAGUUUUUACUUGAUCUACAACUUUGGAAUUUACAAUUUUAGCAGUGUCGUCUAUGAUUUCACAUUGGUUACAUUCCUAUCUAUUGUAUGCUUGACCUGAUGGCAUUGAACCAUACCAUUCCUGUCAUUCUCAAGCUGUGUGGGUGGCUCCUUCGAUCAAUGUUUUCUGUGCAUCCAUACAAGUAGGACUACUGUUAUCAUAUUGGCAAACAGUAAUUUGCAUUCUCGCUAUUUCCUUGUAUUACUGCUUGAAUGGCUCAGGUUUGAUAUCUCUGACAUAGAUCAAUUACUUGUCUGGUAAACACAUUGAUUCUGAAUCCAGAAUAACAGGAGUUAGCCGUACAAUGUCUGAGAAAGGCAUGUCACUUGGAGUGCUCGUGUUUCUCCAUGGAAUGUACAGAACAGUUUGCUGCUUAAAGAGAAAGCAUAGCGGUGUC